CGUAAUCUCUGCUUCUUUUUCCUCCCAGCCUCUGUGAGUGAAUUGAUAACAUAAAGCUGUCAAUUUCCCCCCAGAAACAGCUGUUCCAGUGUCAGUGAAGUUUUUGCAUAGCGAAACGACAGAAUGUCUAAAUAUCUUGGCUUAGACCGCUUGGGUAAACUUUUCCAAAUUGUUCGCCAAAAUGGUGGCAUCAAGAACACCUAUCUCAAAUUGUAUAGAAAUGAUGAUUUGAAAAUCGGUACAUUGGUUGGCACCGACAAAUACGGCAACAAGUAUUACGAAAAUCCCUACUAUUUCUAUGGCCGCAAUCGUUGGGUAGAAUUCGCUGACCAUGUGAACAUGGACUAUGAUGGUUCCCAAAUACCCGCUGAAUGGUUCGGUUGGAUGCAUUACAAGAGCGAUUUGCCACCCAUUCGUGAUGGUAACCGUCCCAAACAUAAGUGGAUGGCUGAUCACAGUGAAAACUUGUCGGGCACCCCAGAACAAUAUAUGCCCUAUAGCACCACCCGUACCAAAAUUGAAGCUUGGGAUCCCAAGAAAGGCUCCGGUUCGAAGUGAAAAGCAGAAAGCCAACUUCCCUAGUAAACAAAUCUUGCAAAUAAAUCGUUAGUGUUAAUUUUAACAAGAAACAAAACAGAAAGAAAAAGAAACAAUAAAUGUUACUGUGAAACAUAAAAGAAAACAAACAAAAA